GGUUUGUUGCUCGCUUUCUAGAUUUUUGAGUUAAAUGUUGAGUUCAUUAUUUUUCAAUUUUGCUUUCUAAUAAAUCUAUUAGUAGUGGUGUGUAGUUACCAAAGGUGCCAAGAGAACACUCAUUUGAGUGUAUAGGUUCUAGUUUAUUUGUUUUGGAAAGUAAAAUCAUUUUUUGUUCCUAUGUAUCCUCACCUUGUCAUAAUAUAAAUUAAAGACACUGCCUAAAUUGUUUAUAGGAAAAAAUAGAUAUAUCACAGAGUCUAAAAUGUCUGGAAAUAUAAGGGAAAUAAUGUACUUAUUGUACUUGUUUCUUUUAGGUGAACAAUUGGACUAAUUGUUCUAAGUUUAGAGGUAACUCACCCAAAAAAGAUGUCCGGAGUUUGAAGGAAAAAUAUUGAUCAUAUUAUUUGAAAAUAGAAUAUUUUGUUUUGAAAUGUGUUUCCCAGCUUUUCAUGAAGCUUGUUACUUAACACUUACGAGCUAACACACAUGUACUCAUUUAUACAAUAGUACUCUGCAUUGAUUGGGGAAUGGAGACUUAGCAAAAUUCAGUUUUACAAAGAAAUUGUUCCCAUCACUUCUUUAUUAAAUUAAAGCAAGCAUUUUAACAUGUUGAGCAUGCUCCACUUAAGUAAGCUUUCCGUAACUCAUCUGGAAGGUAUUGGAAGUAUAAAAAUAGACUAAAUAUUCAAAAUUUCCAUCCUAGGAGUUUCCUGCUUUUGCCUACAUCUCAAUUGUCAGUCCAGGUCCUCGCUCCUGCUCCACUAGGGCUGUGCUAAGACAGUGAAUGCAUUUUACACCGUAAAAUUGAAGCUGCCAGAUUAGCCAGGCUUUGACCUCUGCCUGUGCUGAAAUAGCUCAUUUUUGUACUUCUGUCGAAUGGGAAAAGUGAAAGUCAGAGCCUGUAUAAAGACCCAGAAGCCAGGAUGACAAACAUGUGGGGUUUAGAAAGGGUUCAUAGGUUCCUUUUCAAGGAAUCCCAGCCUUACAGCAUCCACUGGUUCUCUGCUGGCUGGCUUUGUUCAGCUUUGUUCAUUUGGGAGAACCACAUUGUGGAAUCCCACCUCUCUUGGUUUAUAGAGAUAUAUGGAAUCUGAUGGUUACAGAGCACUUUUACCCACUUUCUAUCAUUUUAGUACUUUAUUUCUUCAAACAGUCCUUAAAACAAAGAUGUUUUAGAUGGAGGUGAGUUUCUGAAAACUAUGACUUUAAUUCCUUGUAUUUGGUGGCAGAUGUCCUCCUGCCUGGCACUUCUGCAUGGAGGCCCAAGCCAUCCAUCCAUUCAUUCAUCCAUUCAUUCAUUCAUUCAUUCAUUCAGUUAUUCACCUACUCUGUGGGGCUUGGUGUGCAGCCUCACACAGCAGUGAAGGAAGAUGUGGUGUUUGUCCCUAAAUACACUUGGGAGACAAAUGAGAAGCAAAUUCUUUCACAAAUAACAAAUUGCAGCUGUGACCAGAGCUAUGGAGAAGUAGUAAAGGAUGUUAUGGGAAUGUUGGACAGGAAAGCCUGGUCUAGUCUGGGAGGGUCAAGGAAAGCUUUCCAGGGGUAAUGACUUACUACUGAGAUGGAAAGGUAAGAUGAACAGAACUGCUAAAAGACAGAAGCCAAGUGCAGCUUUAGAGCUGAAAGGAACCAGAGAUACCAUCUAGUGAUGUCCAAUCCUUAUAUUCCCCAAAUGAGAAAACCGAGGCCCAGGGAGGUAAGGGACAUGCCUAACUCAGGUUACACAGCCUGUUAGCCCCAGGGCUAGGUAGCAAACCCGGCUAAAUUGAGAUGCAUAUGGUAAGAAGAAGGGACUUAGGAAUGGGGGAAACCCGGAAGGUUUUUAAUUUAGUGCUUACUCCAUUUCAGCUGCAGACCUAUUUCAUCAGGUGGGAGAGGCGAUUAAAGAUGACUCAACUCUGCCCCAUCCUAGAGGAACUCAGGUUGCUAUGUCAGAGCAUAGUUUUUAUUUAGGGUGGGGAGGGAGGUACCAAACACAGGUAAACCAAAAACAGUAAAUGUGGAGUUUGAUUAGGAAACCAGCCCCUGUUCUGCAGUGGUCUGGCUGUGUGAUUUAGGAUUAGUCACUUAACCUCUCUGAAUUGCCAUUCACAGUUCAUACUUCAGUGUCUUUUCUUCUGCAUUUUAGGAACUUGUUAGAAAUCAGUUGUACUCUACAUUUCACCUUCAUCUUUAAAAACUAAAGUCUCUUGCUUGGGUAAAGGAUUGCUUAAGCCCCCUUUUAAAGAGCAGUUUGCCAGCCUGUGCUUGCCCAAAAGUCCAGAGAAUAACUGCAUCAAGCAAGCCUAGCUCCAGAAUCUUCAAUAGUCGUUUAGCAACUGAGCAUAUUUCUAUAAACCAAUAAAGGUUUUUAUAUUUUGUUCAUCUGUUACCCUUAUGCUGUUGCCACUUUCACAUUCAGUGUGUGUAGGCGGAGAGAAUGAGAUAACAGCAUUUCACAAAUGAAAGUGAUUUGAAAUGGGCCGCUUUUCCUUUAAGGCAGUUUCAUCCCCAGCUCCCUCCCCUUUCCUGAUUGACAAACCUACCCGAAGUCACAUGAUCCGCCUCUAUUUGAAGGUCACAAAAAGCUGCUUCCUUUAGAGACAGAGGGGGAGAGAGAGAGCAAGAGGGAGAGUGAGUGAGAGAGUUAGUUCAAGCCAAAAUGGCCGACAGAGUCUCUGCUGGUUUCUGAAUAUUUAAAAUACAAAAAAACAGAUAGACAAAAAGAAAUCAUUUUUGGACCUUUUUUCAUUUCCAUUUCUACCUUGUAUGCCUCAAUUUGCUGGAUUUAAGCACUGCUGCACUUUAUGAGAGAGAAGGAGCAAGAAAGGGAAGAACAGUUAAUGGAAGACAAGAAAAGGAAGAAAGAGGAUAAAAAGAAAAAAGAAGCCACUCAGAAGGUCACGGAACAAAAAACCAAAGUGCCCGAAGUGACGAAACCAAGUUUAAGCCAACCAUCGGCCGCCAGCCCAAUUGGCAGCUCUCCAUCGCCACCAGUCAAUGGUGGCAACAAUGCCAAAAGGGUGGCAGUGCCGAACGGACAACCGCCAAGCGCCGCCCGCUACAUGCCUCGGGAGGUGCCGCCGCGAUUCCGUUGCCAGCAGGACCACAAAGUGUUACUAAAGCGUGGGCAGCCCCCUCCGCCGUCCUGCAUGCUCCUCGGGGGUGGGGCAGGGCCUCCUCCCUCCACAGCACCUGGAGCAAACCCCAACAACGCACAAGUGACAGGAACGCUGCUGCCGAGUGAGAGUGGGACUGCACCAGAGUCAACCCUUGGAGGUGCUGCUGCUUCAAAUUAUGCAAAUUCCACUUGGGGCCCGGGAGCCUCCUCCAACAACGGCACCUCCCCCAACCCAAGUCACAUCUGGGACAAGGUGAUUGUAGACGGGUCUGACAUGGAAGAGUGGCCUUGUAUUGCCAGCAAAGACACUGAGUCUUCUUCCGAAAACGCCACCGAUAAUAACAGUGCCUCGAACCCUGGCUCUGAGAAGAGCACUCUGCCAGGAAGCACCACUAGUAACAAAGGAAAAGGGAGCCAGUGCCAGUCUGCAAGUUCUGGAAACGAAUGUAAUCUUGGGGUCUGGAAGUCUGACCCUAAGGCUAAAUCUGUUCAAUCUUCCAACUCUACUACAGAGAGCAACAAUGGACUAGGAAAUUGGAGGAAUGUGAGUGGUCAGGAUAGAAUUGGACCUGGCUCUGGCUUCAGCAAUUUUAACCCAAAUAGCAACCCAUCUGCCUGGCCAGCUCUGGUCCAAGAAGGAAAUUCUAGGAAAGGGGCACUGGAAACAGACACUAGUAAUUCCAGUGCACAGGUGAGCACAGUAGGUCAGGCAUCCAGGGAACAGCAGUCAAAGAUGGAAAAUGCGGGUGUUAAUUUUGUUGUCUCUGGCAGAGACCAGGCUCAAAUUCAUAACACUGAUGGACCAAAAAAUGGAAACACUAACUCCUUGAACUUAAGUUCACCAAACCCCAUGGAGAAUAAGGGAAUGCCUUUUGGAAUGGGCUUGGGGAACGCCUCCAGGAGCACUGAUGCCCCUUCACAAAGCACUGGAGAUCGAAAGACUGGGAGUGUUGGAUCUUGGGGUGCAGCUAGGGGGCCUUCUGGAACUGACACAGCCUCUGGACAAAGCAAUUCUGGAAAUAAUGGGAACAAUGGAAAAGACAGAGAGGACUCCUGGAAAGGAGCUUCUGUUCAGAAGUCAACUGGGUCGAAAAAUGACUCUUGGGACAACAAUAACAGGUCUACGGGUGGGUCCUGGAACUUUGGCCCUCAGGACUCUAAUGACAACAAAUGGGGUGAAGGGAACAAAAUGACAUCUGGGGUCUCUCAGGGAGAAUGGAAACAGCCGACUGGGUCUGAUGAGUUGAAAAUUGGAGAAUGGAGUGGUCCAAACCAACCAAAUUCUAGCACUGGAGCAUGGGACAAUCAAAAGGGCCACCCCCUCCCUGAAAACCAAGGCAAUGCCCAGGCUCCCUGUUGGGGAAGAUCUUCCAGCUCCACAGGAAGUGAAGUUGGAGGUCAAAGCACUGGAAGCAACCACAAAGCAGGAAGUAGUGACAGUCAUAGUUCUGGCCGUCGGUCGUACAGGCCCACACAUCCUGAUUGUCAGGCUGUCCUGCAGACUCUUUUGAGCCGAACUGAUUUGGACCCCAGGGUGCUCUCAAACACUGGCUGGGGCCAAACACAAAUUAAGCAGGACACAGUGUGGGAUAUUGAAGAGGUGCCGAGGCCUGAGGGGAAAUCUGACAAAGGAACUGAGGGGUGGGAGAGCGCUGCCACACAGACCAAGAACUCAGGGGGCUGGGGAGAUGCACCCAGCCAAAGCAAUCAAAUGAAGUCUGGAUGGGGGGAGCUCUCAACCUCUACAGAGUGGAAAGACCCCAAGAACACAGGCGGCUGGAAUGACUUUAAGAACAAUAAUUCUUCCAACUGGGGAGGAGGACGACCAGAUGAAAAGACCUCCUCUUCUUGGAAUGAGAAUUCCAGCAAGGAUCAGGGGUGGGGAGGUGGACGCCAGCCCAACCAGGGAUGGACUUCUGGAAAGAAUGGUUGGGGAGAGGAAGUUGAUCAAGCAAAAAACAGCAAUUGGGAAAGUUCUGCAAGUAAACCUGUGUCUGGGUGGGGUGAAGGAGGGCAGAAUGAAAUCGGAACUUGGGGGAACGGUGGCAAUGCAAGCCUAGCUUCAAAAGGCGGGUGGGAAGAUUGCAAAAGAUCUCCAGCAUGGACUGAGACAGGCAGACAGCCCAGUUCCUGGAGUAAACAGCACCAACCGCAGCCACAGCAGCCACCACCGCCACCACCACCACCACCACAACCAGAGGCCUCUGGUUCUUGGGGAGGCCCACCCCCUCCACCCCCAGGCAAUGCACGAACUUCCAGUUCCAACUGGAGCAGCGGGCCGCAGCCAGUAACCCCUAAAGAUGAGGAACCCAGUGGUUGGGAAGAGCCAUCCCCACAGUCAAUUAGUCGGAAAAUGGACAUCGAUGAUGGCACUUCAGCAUGGGGAGACCCUAGCAGUUAUAACUACAAGAAUGUGAAUUUGUGGGAUAAGAAUUCCCAAGGGGGCCCAGCACCUCGAGAACCAAACCUGCCUACCCCGAUGACCGGUAAAUCAGCAUCAGUCUGGAGCAAAAGCACACCACCUGCUCCAGAUAAUGGUACUUCAGCUUGGGGCGAGCCAAACGAAAGCAGUCCUGGGUGGGGCGAGAUGGAUGACACAGGAGCAUCGACCACAGGCUGGGGGAAUGCCGCCUCCAGUGCUCCAAGUGCCAUGAAACCCAAUUCCAAAUCUAUGCAAGACGGCUGGGGGGAGAGUGAUGGGCCAGUCACAGGAGCUCGCCAUCCCAGCUGGGAAGAGGAGGAGGAUGGAGGAGUCUGGAAUACCACCGGCUCUCAGGGAAGUGCUUCCUCCCACAACUCAGCAAGCUGGGGACAAGGAGGAAAGAAACAAAUGAAGUGUUCACUGAAAGGAGGAAACAAUGAUUCAUGGAUGAAUCCUCUUGCCAAACAGUUUUCAAAUAUAGGAUUGCUGAGUCAAACUGAAGAUAAUCCAAGCAGCAAAAUGGAUUUGUCUGUAGAUAAAAAAUUUGAUGUGGACAAGCGAUCAAUGAAUCUCGGGGAUUUUAAUGAUAUCAUGAGGAAGGAUCGAUCUGGGUUCCGUCCACCUAAUUCCAAAGACAUGGGAACCACAGAUAGUGGGCCUUAUUUUGAGAAGCUGACUUUGCCUUUCUCCAAUCAAGAUGGGUGCCUUGGGGAUGAGGCUCCCUGCUCUCCCUUCUCCCCUUCUCCCAGCUACAAGCUGUCUCCCUCUGGUUCCACACUACCCAACGUCAGCCUUGGAGCAAUCGGCACAGGGCUCAACCCCCAAAACUUCGCUGCUAGACAAGGUGGCAAUCAUGGUUUGUUUGGAAAUAGCACAGCACAAUCGAGAGGUAUGCACACACCUGUGCAGCCACUAAAUUCUUCUCCUAAUCUCCGGGCGCAAGUGCCUCCCCAGUUUAUUUCCCCCCAGGUUUCUGCCUCAAUGCUAAAGCAGUUUCCCAACAGUGGCCUGAACCCAGGUCUUUUCAAUGUGGGGCCCCAGUUGUCUCCUCAACAGAUUGCCAUGCUGAGCCAGCUUCCACAAAUUCCCCAGUUUCAGUUGGCGUGUCAGCUCCUCCUGCAGCAGCAGCAGCAGCAGCAGCUGCUCCAGAACCAGAGGAAACUGUCCCAGGCGGUGCGGCAGCAGCAGGAGCAGCAGCUGGCUCGCAUGGUGAGCGCCCUCCAGCAGCAGAGGCAGCCCAGCAUGAAGCACUCGCCGUCGCAUCCUGUGGGGCCCAAGCCGCACCUGGACAGCAUGGUGCCCAGCGCGCUGAAUGUGGGGCUCCCAGACCUCCAGACCAAAGGGCCAGUGCCUGGAUACGCUUCUGGCUUCAGCGCUGGCGGCAUGGACUAUGGCAUGGUUGGUGGGAAGGAGGCAGGAACUGAGUCUCGCUUUAAACAGUGGACCUCCAUGAUGGAGGGACUGCCCUCUGUAGCCACACAGGAAGCCAAUAUGCACAAAAAUGGCGCUAUAGUGGCCCCUGGUAAGACCCGAGGAGGUUCACCGUACAACCAGUUUGAUAUCAUCCCGGGUGACGCACUGGGUGGCCAUACGGGUCCUGCUGGUGAUAGCUGGUUACCUGCCAAAUCUCCACCAACAAAUAAAAUUGGAAAUAAAUCCAGCAAUGCCAGCUGGCCUCCAGAAUUCCAACCAGGAGUGCCAUGGAAAGGUAUCCAAAACAUUGACCCUGAAUCUGACCCCUAUGUCACCCCAGGAAGUGUGCUGGGGGGUACAGCCACAUCUCCCAUUGUAGAUACUGACCACCAACUUCUGCGGGAUAACACCACAGGGUCUAAUUCUUCCCUCAACACCUCGCUGCCUUCACCUGGUGCCUGGCCCUACAGUGCCUCUGACAACUCCUUUACCAACGUUCAUAGCACUUCAGCAAAGUUCCCUGAUUACAAAUCAACAUGGUCCCCAGAUCCCAUAGGACACAACCCCACUCAUCUCUCCAACAAGAUGUGGAAAAACCAUAUUUCCUCAAGGAACACUACACCGCUUCCCCGCCCACCUCCUGGUCUGACCAACCCCAAACCAUCAUCUCCCUGGAGCAGCACAGCACCCCGAUCAGUCAGGGGGUGGGGGACACAGGACUCACGGCUUGCCUCGGCCUCUACCUGGAGUGAUGGUGGUUCAGUUCGUCCUAGUUACUGGCUGGUUCUUCACAAUCUCACUCCGCAGAUUGAUGGGUCAACCUUAAGAACCAUCUGCAUGCAGCAUGGCCCACUGCUGACAUUCCAUCUGAACCUAACCCAGGGCACUGCCCUGAUCCGAUACAGCACCAAACAGGAGGCAGCCAAGGCCCAAACUGCACUUCACAUGUGUGUGUUGGGAAACACUACCAUCCUGGCUGAGUUUGCCACCGAUGAUGAAGUUAGCCGCUUUCUGGCACAAGCUCAGCCCCCUACACCUGCAGCCACCCCGAGUGCACCCGCAGCAGGUUGGCAAUCGCUGGAGACCAGCCAGACCCAGUCAGAUCCUGUGGGACCUGCCCUGAAUCUUUUCGGUGGGUCCACGGGGCUCGGGCAGUGGAGCAGCAGUGCUGGCGGCAGCAGUGGGGCCGAUCUUGCUGGCGCUUCGUUGUGGGGGCCCCCAAACUAUUCUUCUAGCUUGUGGGGAGUCCCGACUGUGGAAGAUCCCCAUAGGAUGGGCAGCCCUGCUCCCUUACUACCUGGUGACCUUCUGGGAGGAGGGUCGGAUUCAAUCUGAACUUAAAACUUUCAACUCUGACCUCGUGACCUUUUUUGGAACAGCAGCAGCACUAACUUGACCUUUUCGUUUUUUUUUUCAACUUGCAAUAAAUACAUUUUUAAAAGGAAAAAAGAAAACGGAGAGAGAAAAAAAGGUGGGUCAUUGACAGACUGUCUGAGCACAUAGUUGCCUCCCUUACAACUUCAGUUUUUUCGUUUGGAAUAUGAAUCCAAAAAGAGAACAUAUCACUCUUGAAAUACUUGAAUCAUGAACGCCAACCUAGAAAGACAAUGUGAAGCAAGUACACAUACCAUUUAAAUUUAAACACAAAAAAAUUAAAAAAAUUAGUUUCUAGUUUUUCACUUUUUUCAUGUUAUAUGGAAGUUGUUGCUAAGAAACAUAUAUACUGAAAAAAAUAGCUUUUUAACUUUGUUUGCACUGGGUGUGUUUCCGUCCUUAGGUCUACCAUGUUUGGGAGGGAAGGGAUUCAAAAGCAUUGUUGGGUGGGGGGAGGGAAGACUUGACGGAGCCUCACUUUAAAAACAAAAACACAAAAAACCUAAAAAAAAAAAAAAAAAGGAAAAAAUUUGUGAUUGGCUGGUUGAUAAAUACCAGUGUGUUCUGGCACAUGUAACUGCCCAGGCAUGCUCGUUCUGGUAUGUGUGUGCACGUGUGUUCGUGUGCAUUCGCGUGCAUCCUUCUCUCUGUCUUUGUGUGUGUGGAUGCCUGUGUCCCCCUCUUCCUCUUCCUGCUGCCCCUUUUUCCCCCCCACCCUCAUUUCUCAGAAAGCUGCCUUGCUGACAGUCUGCAGGCUGGCUGGCCGGCCAUCUGCUUUUAUUAUUAUUUUUUUUAACUCUUGAGAACACACGCAUGGGGAGCCAGUGCUACUGAAGCAGUUCCAACUCCAUUGGGCCGCAUUACAGAGUGCUUUUUAAUGAGUCAAGCAGGGAGCUCCUUUACAUUUGCAAAUUAGCCUGAAUGUGAGUUUUCUCUAGCUUUGAUUUUGACCUAGCUGUAAAGUGGAGCACUGCCAAGUCCAAAAAAUUAGGAGGGCAGGAGGUGUCUUGGAGCAACUGGUGUGUUUAUUUCUGUUUUUUAAAAUAAGUAGCCACUAGGCACAUCUGAAUAUCUGUUAGUUCCAUGCAGGCCUUUUCAUUAGUUUGAAUGGGAACAGACCAUAAGAUAAUUUUUAAUUACGUGAUGUUUCAAAAGCAGAAAACCUGUGUUCCCCCUUUGUUGAGUAAUCAGGUGUGAGAAAUUCAUCAGAAAGUCAGGUAAUGCUGAAUUAAAUAUUUCUAUUGGUUCUCUUUUUCAUUUUAUGAAAACAGAAAAAAAUAAGUUGUGAGCAGCCUCCUGAAAGCAUCCGCAGCUCCUCCCUCUGCUCCUCGCUUGCUGAGCGUUACCUGUGCCAGGCCGUGGCGUGUUACAGCACCAGGCCAUCACUGACAGAAACGUUUACUUAACGAAUGUUCUUAAACCAGUGUGUACUUCAAGCGUUUCCUUUUGUUCCUCUGUGUUGUGUGUUUUCUGUGUAUGUGGUUCUGCUUAGGCAGGUAUAACUUAGCAAAGACUUAAGUAUUGCACCUUUUCUUGGUUUUAACCUCUUUUUUUUUUUUUUCCUUGUAAUGUUGCUUUUUUUAUUUCGGUAUUUAAAGACUUUUUUUUUUUAAGCAUCAAUGUAGUAAUACUCUGGGCCGAAUAGGGGGCAAGUUUUAAUCCACAGUUAUCACCAAUGUGUAUGUACUUAUGUUGGAAUCAAAAUGUAUCAAACUGCUUUUUGUGAAAAGUUCUAGCAGACCCGAAGGGAUACCCCUUUAUACAAAGCAGAUGGUGGGUGGGUGGGCAGGGUGGGGGGGAGGGAAUGUAUGCCGGUAAUGUGCUAGCACUUGUGUGGACAUCCCAGUCUGCAUUAUACUGUUUAACAUAAAGUGCCGACAUUCUGUACCAGCAAAUACCUGCCCAUUCCAACCCUUGGUGGGAGCAGACCUCUGCUGUCCUCCGUAACUUGCUGCUAGUGAGGACAAGGGAGUUUUUCUUUCUUUAGCAUCUUCAGUGAAGGAUACAACAAUGCCUAAUGUAUUUGACUCUUAACUUGUGUCUGUGUGUAGGUGGGUGGGUGUGUAUAGGAAAAGGCAAAACAAAUUAUUUGCAUUUAAGUGGUUUGUGAGACAAAGAAUGAGAAUUCUGUAGUCCUCUUGGCUUAUCCUGUUGAUUAUAAACCUAGCCUCAAAAGAGAUUGACAUGUAAUUCAAGUGAGCGUUUGCUCAUAUAAGUCUUUUUGAACCCUUUGUGGGUAGGUGGUCAAACUUGAGUUUCCAGCGUUGGUUUGGUCCCAUUGGAUGCCUUGUAGAAAACUAACUGUGCCCUGCUCCUGCUGUCCGGUUUUCAUCACCACCAUGCCCCUUCCACCUCUGCCCAAGUACCAAACAUCUCCUUCCAGCCCCUACUGACUGCUCUCUGUGUGGAGCAACACCCUGUCAUGUGUGGUGACCUCCAGGUGAAGAGCAGCUGUGUUCGGACAUCUCGAGAAGGCUAAAUGUUAGAGUCCCCAGGCCAGGAACAUGUCCCAUGGCUCCUGUGAGCCAGUGGUGACCCUGUCCACUGCCACUCUUAGUUCCCUGCCGUGUCCUGUCCCUCCCUCCUCCCCUCCUGCCCUUCAGUUCCUCAGCCUGCACUAUGGGUUAGUUGAGUUCCUUAGGAUACUACGGUGAAAGCCGGGUGCUAGAGCCCCUCUUGUUUACAAGACAUAAUGAGGGAUUUGAAAUAUGUAAAAAUAAACAUGAGAAGCUAAAAUGUUCUUCCAUCAUAAGCUUAAAGGGAAAAAAUUAAAAACAAAAAAAAGACCAAAAAGUGCGUAUAUAUAUACACACAUAUAUAUAUACAUAUAAAUAUAUAUUUUAGAUGAAGACUAACUCUGGGAGCAUUUAACAGUGUUGUUUUGUUUUGUUUUUAACAUUUAUUUUCCUGCUUUAAAAUUUGCAAGCAUUCUCAGGAAUUCUAGGGUAGGAAGCCAGUUUUUUGAAGAUGGUUUAUUUAACCGUAUCUUAUCCUAGAUAGACGGCUGUUUCUUUCCUGUUGAUAAACUUUUACAAGUUCCUGAAACUUCAAAAAGUUUAGACAAUUUUUACUUAAAAAAAUGUAAAAAGAAAAGUCUCCAAACAUUGUCAUACUGGGGAUCAUACAUUUUAAAACACAUAGAAAUAUUUUUUAAGAAUUAUCAAUUUAGCAGCAACAGGUAAAUUCAUUAUCUUAAAAAAUAUGGGAGAAGGAUUAAGUUUUAUAAGAGCUCUCUUGUGGACUCAUUUGAAUUGUGUGUAAUUUAAUGGGAGAAUAUUUGAUGUAUAUACAUAGGAAUGCCACCACUUCCUUUCUAUUUAAGACUGAACUGAAAUCUCCCCUAAUAAUUUUUAUUUUUCUUAAAGGGAACCCUUCUCCCUGCCCCUUCAACCCCAGCAACAAAAGAAAGGAAAAAAGAAAGAAACAACAGCUUAAAGGAAAAAAAAAAAGUCACUCUAAUCUGUAAAAUAGUACGGUUGGAUUGCUGAGAAUCUAUGUAAAGAGUUAGGAAAUAUAGGUUAAUUUUUGGAACAAAUUUUAAAUAUAGGCAUUACUAGAGGAAAAAUAUCUAUGGACUAUUCUGUUAAUGAAUGUCUGUCUUACCUCCUUUUGUUAUUGGAGGAGGAGAAAAUAAUAGAAGAAUCUAAUAAGGAACAAGUGAUUUUACUUUUUUAGCUCCCAGCUACUGUUGUGCUCAUUUUAAUUGCUGUUUUGAAGAUCUGCUGCUUAAUUAUCCCUAUCCCUCCCCCGGAGAUACGGAAUAUUUCCUUUCGGUUUUUGGUGAUGUCAAAUUCUCCUUUUGUAUUCCCUCCUGGGGCCAGGGGUCAGGUUCCCAAGCAUGACCACAGCUUCUUUUCAACAUCUAAGCUUCCCAGUGGGAAAGAAACUCCAGCUCAACAGGUAAAGGGAGUGGGUGGAGUUGCUGCCUGCAAUUUCUCUAAAACCGCUUUAGUGCCUUCAUACAUACACCCAGACAUCCUGAGCAAGAACAUGUGUGUAUGUGCAUGUGGUCCAGUUACUCCACGGACAUUAACAUACUUGCCUGUUAAGGAAAUUGGAGUGGUUCUGGACAGGUCCCAAAGGCAGUGGGCUAAAUUUAAAAUAAAUAAACAGAAAUCAAGGAAGUUAAAUAUGCUUUUGUCUUGAUAAUGUGGAACACCUAGUCCCUUCCUUGUGGCAUUGUCCUCUUUUGCUGUGCAUUGAGCUCUCCAGGCCUGACAUUGCGGCAGCUGCAGUGAUUUGGAAAGACCCUGUGUAUUGAGCCCGUGGAAAGGGGUUCCUGCUUUUCUGCCCUUGUCCCUUGUGUCUCCUCCCUUUCUCCCCAGCAUCCCUUUUUUGUCAGCUUGCUGGAAGCUUUGCUUUAUUGGUUGGCAGUGACCUAAGAACAGGAUACAGCGUGAUGUAAUGGAAGAGAAAAGCUCUUUUUCUUUCCUUGGUAUUUGGCAAAAGAUAGAUCUGCUGAGAGUCUAGGUGGCUUCAUUACACUCAGAAAAUUCAGUGGGAUUGUAUUUUCUUCCACCACAUUCUGACAUGUGUACUGAGGCUUGCUGGUCACCUUUCAUUACAUGGGCUUGUUUUAUAAACAUUUUGAUCAUGUAAAUUUGAGCUUUCCAAAUUUUACUGAUAUCCUUUUUUAAACACUUGAUUACUAGUGACUAAAGGUGUCCAUUUCAGACAUCACAAACUUGGUUUCUGUCUACCACAUGAGUAGCCAAAAGAAAAGAACACAUGGAGGGAAGGGAUGUCUUCCAUCAGACGGGACCUCUGCUGGCAACUGAGAUCUAGUGCCAUGACCUAAUUCUAGGUGUUUGAAAAAAAAAAAGUCAAAGCUCAGAUCUCCAAGACACUGUGAAGAAAUGGAUGGCCUGUGUGGCAUCACUGAUCCCUCACUCCCUAGGCCUUGAUGGUUUUAAUUUACAAUAUUCACAGAAGUUGACUUAGCAGUGCUAUAAUUAAGGUUCCAAACCAAAUUCUCUCUCAUCAGUGUCCCCUAGUGGAUCAACAUUAUCCAUUUUGCCAUUCAGGUAGUUUUAUUUAUAGCAGCUUGACUUCCUCUUACUGUGACUCCUGUUCUAAGAACUUUCCCACCUCUUCUGACAUGAAUGUAGCAUAAGCUAGCAAUUGAUUCUUCCAUGUUCCUGUGGGUUCAGUGUGGUAUAUAAGAUAUGCAAAAGAAAGAAAAAGAAAGGAAAUUCCUGCAUAAGAACUUGGAAGAGCUUUUAUGAAUAUGUCUAGCAGAAACUAAAAUUUCCUGGGCUAUUAACUUGCUGCAAAUAUUCACUCUCACUUUGGCCGCCUUUUUGGGGGAGGGGGUAGUUUUUGUAGGGUUAACAGCCAGAUUCCAUACUGACCUCAGAUGCUGUGUACUUUUUAAGAUUAUUUUAUAUUCUGCCAUCUUGACUCUUAAACAGAACGAAGAUGUCUGUGUGCUAAGCGAAACAUUUAAGCCAAGCCUGUUUUCCUCUACAGUGUAAAUAGGAUGUCUUCAGCAGACUUGGCUGCAAUAGCCAUCUCUUAAGAUGAGGGAACAAUUGAGUCUUUAUGUAGAAAAAGUCUGCCUCUGCCCCAUCCUCAGAGUUCAAAUUCAACAAGUAACACUUUGUAGGUUAUUGUUUGGGGUUGGAUUUUUCCUUUUGUGUGAAUUAUCUAUAGGGUCUUUAGGAGUAGAGAGAGAUUUUUUGCUGGUUAAAAAAAAAACGGUUUUCUUCUCCAGUGUUUUUGCCAAGUUUUGUGACAAACUUCAUGUCUAUGCAUAAACUGCACUUCGUAGUGUUUCUGAGAAAAGAAUCUUAAUCUUGAACUGUUCUGCGUCUUGUGAGUGUACAGCUAAGGCUGCGUGUGAUAGUGCCGAUGAAGAUGUUCUCACCUGGGGAGGGGUCCAGUGAAUUGUCAGUCAGACCUCAGCAGUCAUUCAGAAAGUAGGGUGCCCUCACCCUCUGCUGCAUGCUAUGCCACACCCCAUCUGCUUUCUUGUCUGCUAUUACGGUGUAUCCACACACACUAAAACAGACAAAUGGAAAUCUUGUUGUCAAGGACAUUGUCAGUCCGUGAAAAACAUAGACUACUGUCUGUAUUUCCAGAGUUAGUGCACACUCUGAAUAAGGUCUGUACAUCGGGCAGUGCCAGAGGUGUAUUUCCCAAGAUGGUCCUCAUUUGUUCAUGAUGGUGGUGGUUCUCUUGACCUUAAAUUUGACAAAGGAAGUGUUGGCAUCACAUUCUUUAGAUUCAAAAUAAUUACCAACUUCAAGAAUCUGUGAACACAGUAAUAACUUAAUAAAAAUUGAACAUUGACCAUCCCUACCCUGCCUGCAAUGCCACCCCACAUGUCUGCACCACCAAAGAAAAGAGGCCAUGAACAUCUACAGGACAGUGACGGAAAUACCGGUCAGGAAACAGCUACUCCAUGGCUGGGCAUCCGUGCUCUCCUCAUGUGUGCAAUCACUCAGACUAGAUCUGGAGUAGUUACCAAGUAUUCUAACAUUUGAGUGGUUUCUAAACUGUCAAUCUCCCUUGUGGUAAUCUCUUACUACCACCAAAAAGAAAAAAAAAAAAAGUGACCAAAACUGCCAGUGUUUGCCUAAGAAUUUAGGUAGUUCCCUCUUGAGUUCGCUAUACACCUAAAUUUGUUUUUAAAGAGAUGCCAUGCCCACCAGAAAAAAAUGUUACUACACUGAGUGAAGAGUCUCUGCAAAACUCAGUCAUCGGGUCUUCGUUGUGACAAACACUUGUUCUGGGAGGGAAAAGGUCAGGCAAAGGCAAGAAGUGUUGAAGUGGCGUUUCCCCAGAGCACUUCGUGCCUCAGUUUAGUUUUCAAACUAUAAACCAUUGCUUUGGAAGUAACUUCCCUCUUGUAAUUGGCCCAUUUCAAGCCAGUACUGUUAAGCUGGGAGCUCUUCGCUCUUCCUGGUGAGCAGCUAAAGAAAAAUUAUGAAGGGAGUGAACAGACUGCAGCAGUUGAGACAGAGUGCUUUUUUCUUUUUUUUUUUUCACUUUUCCUGCUUGCUUUGCUAGACCUCUUUCCGAAGCUGGCACUCUUUCUGAGAGCUGAAGGGUGUGCAGUCUCAGAGGGCUGGGUUGUAAGGGGCCACUGGCGGUGAGAUGGAGCAGCCUGGCAGCAGGGCUCUCCUUACAGUGGAGUGCUAUAGAGGAAGGUAGUAUACCCUAAAUGUGAUCGCCAAAAGUGGAAAGGGGGGGGUCUUUCUACAAAAUGAAGCAAAAAUUUUUGGAACCCUUUAAGAAGUUAUAUACCUUUUAAAGGUAGUAGAGUUUUUCACCAAGUGAUGCAUUCAGCAUGACACUUCUUGCCAGAAAUUUUGAGUUAGAAUAAAUGUGUUUAAAACACCACCCCAACCCCCCCCUUUUAAAUUUUUGUCCAAGAAAUUAUUUAAAUGUAGUAUUUCUGAACGUGCCUUUGUGAGUACAGAGACCGUCUGCCUGUUGUAGGAAGAAGCUGUCCAUUAGGAUGAAGCAGAAAGAUGGUCAGCUUAGUCUCUAGGGAAGUUGGAGUUCCUCCUGGCAGUCCCCAGGGGCGGCUGUUGAGUGUUUAUUAGCAUCAAUAUUGCACAAUGUAGAGUCGUGUGGGAGAGGUUCUGGGACUUGGGACAGGGGCUAAUGAGGUGAUGGUGCACAGAUGACAAACCCAGAUUAGUCUGCGAGUGCAGGUUGAAUUUAUCUGCAUUACCUAGUUUUCUUCGUGUGUGAUUGUGUGAUGUGUGCAUGUGGCAGUGGCUGUUUUAUUUUUUGUUUUCUGAAAGCACUGGAGAACUGAAAUAUGGCGAUGUUUGUGACACAUUCAUGCAUGUCAAGAAGGUGUUUUCUAGCUUCUGCGUACAGAGCGGGCAGCGCAUUUCCACCCUGAGUCUGUGUCCUGAGAAGGCAAUUAUUUACCCAAAUGGAAGUCACAUAAUAUUGCUGUUUAUGAGAACAGGGUAUUACACACAAGGAAAAAGCUUCUGAAAGGAUAAGAUUGAAAUGUUUGAGAAAGAAAAGAGAAAAAUCUGAAAUCAUAUUUUAUUUCUUCAGAACAAUUAUCGUUAAACAUAGAAAUCUGCAGUGUCUCUUCAUUUGUUUUUAUGUUUGUUUUAAACGAUUCCACCUCUUCUCCCGACUCCCUAUCUUCUAAAGAAAUAGCAAGUGAAUGCUAAGGGCCAUUUCCAUAAUUCCUCAGAACUCUCCCCAAAGAGGAAAAUCCCUCCUGCCAGAUUCCUCCAGCUUCAUUCAGGAAGACAAAGGGAGGAGAGACGAUGCAGCUCCCGGCUCCACUCUCAUUCCUCUCGAAUGGCCUUGAACUGUAUUAUUAUGCAAAUGUGAAUUUUGAUACUGAAUUUAAGAAGAGGUUGUUGGAUUUUUUCUUUUCCAAAAAAAAAAAAAGGUCCCAUAUGUGUGGUCAUCAUUGCUUCUUUAUUUUGUAACGUGAAUUGUUAACUAUGCAUUCUGCAAAAGGGGGGAGGAGAGGGCAGAGAGGGGAAGGAAGUAGCUUUGCAUCCUUGUUUUAUGGUUUCUGUGUCCAUGGUAUCCCCAUGUCCUGGCCGGGAAGGGGAGUGAGAGCAGGCGGCUCAAGGCUGGCACAGUGAGCUGGACAGAGACGCCUGGGUCCCCCUAUCAGUUGCUGUGGCUGGCAGGCCUGAUGGCCGGCAAAUCGUGGGCAUCUGCAGUUCCUGUCAACCAGUGUGGCACAGGGUUCCCCAUCCCAGCCGAGCAGUGUUAACCCAGUGCAACAGUGGAGCCCAAAGGCCCCAGCACUCUCUGAAUAAAAUGUACUCAUCCUUUCCUGAAUUCAGAACCCUCUCAAGCUCAGGAAACCAUGCCUCACUUGUGCUGACCUUAAAGUUAACUCUACAUCAGUUUAGAAAAUUCCUCUUCCUCCUUGCUCCUUUUUUAUUUUUCUUCCUUCUUAAACAUUUUUAAGUGAACUUAAUUUUAAGGAAACCUGGUUGCUCUGUGAGGAAGAGGACUGUUGCUUGGCGGGCAAAAAAAGUAUUCUCUUCCUCUUCCACCAGCCCUCAGGCCAGCGCCAUCUCUCCCAGGCCCCUGCGCUCAUUUGGCUGUAAAUAGCUAGCGCAGUGUGGCAUUUGACACCAGAAAGCCUACCGUCCCUCCUCUUUGUCCUGACGGAAUCUCUUUGUUGAUCUUGCCUGUGGUGAGUCAUGGCACCUGCAUUGCUCUGGUCUUAGGCAUUAUUUUUAACACAUAGUAUCAUAAGCAGAGGUUGUUCUCCCACCUUCAGUGUUUGCACACAGCACAUUUUGUUGUUGAUGUUCGCAGUACUGUAACGAGGAACAGACUUGAUCACAGUCUCCUCGUGCCUGUGCCGGCAGCACAGGCACGAUCUUUUCAGGGUUCCAAUCUCUUAGAUUGCCUUUAGAGAAAAAAAAAAAGAAAUAAUAAGAAAAAAAUAAAAAUAAAAUCCUGACGUUUCAACUGUCUAACACAAAACAAUACCUCGAGGUACAUUUCCCCUGCAGUGUAGACCCUUGAUGCCCCUCUCCUUUUCUGACAUCAGUGGGUUAUCUUUUUAAAAAUAUGAGUGUGUAAAUAGCAGGAUAACUAUCCUUUUUCUUUGCUGUGAAAGUAGCCCUAAAAUACGAUGUUUUCCAUUUUCUUAAGCCAUCAGAAGUUUCAGAUCUUACUCGUGUUUGAGAAAGCGGAACAGGUCAGGGGAGAGGACUUGAUUUGUUGGGCAGCAUUUUCUCCAGUGCCUCGCAUGCACAGUGACAGCAGACGGGUGUCUAAACCCUGUUUGGAAUAGAUGCCUUCUAUUCCAGCUCUGGUUGCAGGGUCGGGAGUGUGAAGUUUCUCUCUUCUAGAAGAUCCAUUUCCUCCAGGGACUCCAGAAUGUUUUGUAGGUGAGACUUUGAGCUCUCAACCUUUCUUAGUUCAAACACACACACACACACACACACAGUAACUGAGUAGCAUUCUGUAGUUCAUAAAGAGAAUUAGUCCCUGACAUUUCACUUUGGCGCUGUAGAAUUCAUAGCGCCUUGCCACUUUGUAAUGCUCUGGAAAUGUAAUAAUUUCUUUCUUAGAAGGAAACUCAUCUGAAACGUGUAGACAACCUCCCUGAAAGGCAUGUGCACCCCCGACGUUCCUCUCUCCGUAAGGCUUGAAGGUGACAUCAGGUAGAGGGAAAUACAUUUAACUAGUGUUGCUUGUAGGGGUCUGUCAGCUACUGCUCGCCUAGAUUUGCCUAUCCGUGAGGCAGGGUCAGAAUGGAUCACUUUGACUGGCUGCUUCUCCACAAACACCCCACCACUGCCUAAAGGUAAACCCCUGUCUGUAGCCCUCUUUAGUUUGAGCUCACUUAUCUUGUAUAGUGACGACUUCCUUUGAAGGGAGGAAGCUUGAUCAUAAAUGUACAUAUACUCACCACCUUCUGAUUUGGGCGCUGUUCGCUUCUGGGUUUUAUUUCUGUUGUUGGUUUGGAGGCUUUUUUCCCUCUGAUCCUUCAUAAUAAGUUCUUCCUGCCCUUAUGUCCCUCUAGGAUGCUCCCAAAGGGCUUUGCUGAUCUCUGCACUUCUUUUCCUGGGACACUCCCCUGCCAACACCCUUUGCACACACCAGUGACCAAAGUGUGUCCAGUGAUCUCACAGAAGACAUCAAAAAUGGUGCAUGCACCGUGAAUGUGCUCACAGAGACACGUGCACAAGAUUCUGCACCCUUGGCCUUAACCUCAGUAUGACUUAAGGUGCAGGAACAUUUUUAACAGGUUUAAAAAAAAAAACUUCUGGGAGGAAAAAAAGGCAGACACAAUAGCUCAACUGUCCCCACUCCUAACUCUCCACUGUUUGCUUACAAUUUCUUCUGUGCCCACCCUACCCCAUCCCUGUUUUGAGUAACCAAAAACAGACGGCAAAGCAACCUGAGGAGAGGUUUCUGGACUAUUUUAUCUUUCUUCAUGUACAUGGAGAUAGAAAUGCUGCUUUGGGUUCCAUAAUCCUAGGGGGAUAUGUUUACAUAGUAAAAUACAUCCUACCAAAUCAGGAAACUGCAUAAUGGAAAUCCCUGCAGUGAGGGUCAGAUCACUGAUGGGGAACAAGGGAAGUGAGGGGCUGGGGGCACGGGGCAGGAGGAGAGACUGAGAAGGUCUGUCUCAGUGACUCGUGGCACAUCACUCCCUCCUCUCCCUCCACUUCUCUCCUUGCCCCCUUUGAACAGAACAUGGAGAGAAGGGCAUCAAUCAGAAAGAGGCUGGAUUUGUAAAAGGCAGCUUUCCAGCUUUGCACAAACAGGUAACAGGAAGGUACAGCGAAAACCCUUUCACCUGAAACACUCAGCAGAAACAAAACCUGUCAACAUGACUAAAAUAGCUGCACGUAAUGAUGCUCUCUGCAAGUUACCUAGAAGUGUUUUGUUUUUCUUAUACUUGAAAUAGCUUUUACAAUAUUAUUUUGGUGGCUUUCUUUUCUCUCUCCCAGUGGGCAAUAGAGAAAGUGGCUGGCAAGAUUUAAGCAGUUGGAGGGGAGAAGAGGGAGGAUAUGGCUUUUUUUUUCUUUAAACAUAGAGGUUUAAUCAAACUCCCGUAUGUUGAAAUUGCUCCUCAUAUUACUGGUUUUACAUGGACACAGAAACUAGGCACUUUAGAGGUGCACUUGCAUGGCAGGCUGGGCCCCCCUUUUCAAUAUUUUAUUUUACUUUUUUAGUAUAGUGGUACUUAAAAUCACUGGUUCACUUAAAAACAAUAAAAUGUUAAACUCUACUAAUGUACAAAUAAGCUGAAAAGUUGCAUUUUAUGUGUAUUUUUUGCCAUAGCAGGUACUGUAUUUCUCAUGCUGGAUUUAAAAAAAAAAAUCAAAAACAAAACAAAAAAAAAAACUAAAGGGUGGUGUUUUAUUGGAUUGUGACAGGUUGAGUAAUAUGGAAUUAAGUCGUCGUCAUUUCAUUAAAACUGAGAGGUGAUGUAAUGCAUAUAUAAGAGUUUUCUGAAGGGUUUUUUUGGGCUUUUAAACAGCUUAUUUUUGUUUUUGUUUAGUUUUUUAUUUUAUUUUAUUUUGGAAAGAUAUGAUUGUAUUAUGUGCAACUCAGUUGCUUACAUUAUAACUACAAAAUAUUUUUGGGUUCCUGGAAAAAAAAAGAAAAAAGACUAAUAAAUGUGUUUGGCUGCUAAGCAUU